AUAUAUAUAUAUAUAAAUAUAUACACAUUCUUCCCUCCUCUCCUAUGAGUGGAUUUUUCUUGUUAUCUGAAUAGAGAUCCUAGAGGAAAUCUGGGGACUUCUUGCUUUUCAUAAUUAAAAGAAAGAAAGAAAGAAGAAAAAAGCAGCCAGGAACCAUUUCAUCCACUGCUUGGUCGCUGCCUUCUUUUGCAAGAUGAAGAAGUUUUUUGACUCCCGCCGGGAGCAAGGAGGCUCUGGCCCGGGGUCUGGCUCCAGCGGAGGAGGGGGGAGCACCUCGGGCCCAGGGAGUGGGUACAUCGGCCGCGUUUUCGGCAUUGGGAGACAUCAGGUCACCGUGGAUGAGGUAUUGGCCGAAGGGGGAUUUGCCAUUGUCUUCCUGGUGAGGACAAGCAAUGGGAUGAAAUGUGCCCUCAAACGCAUGUUUGUCAACAAUGAACAUGACCUCCAAGUGUGCAAGAGAGAAAUCCAGAUCAUGAGGGACCUAUCAGGACACAAGAACAUCGUUGGCUACAUUGAUUCUAGUAUCAACAAUGUGAGUAGUGGCGACGUGUGGGAAGUUCUAAUUCUCAUGGAUUUUUGCCGAGGAGGUCAAGUGGUGAACUUGAUGAACCAGCGUUUACAGACGGGCUUCACGGAGAAUGAAGUGCUACAGAUAUUCUGUGACACCUGUGAGGCUGUUGCCCGCCUACAUCAGUGCAAAACACCCAUCAUCCACCGGGAUCUGAAGGUGGAAAACAUCCUGCUGCAUGACCGAGGUCAUUAUGUCCUGUGUGACUUUGGAAGUGCCACCAACAGAUUCCAGAACCCACAAGCUGAGGGAGUCAACGCGGUAGAGGAUGAGAUUAAGAAGUACACAACGCUUUCCUACAGAGCUCCAGAAAUGGUCAACCUGUAUAGUGGCAAAAUUAUCACCACAAAGGCCGACAUUUGGGCCCUUGGUUGUUUGUUGUAUAAAUUAUGCUACUUCACAUUACCAUUUGGGGAGAGUCAGGUAGCCAUUUGCGACGGAAACUUCACGAUUCCUGAUAACUCACGGUAUUCCCAAGACAUGCAUUGCCUCAUCCGGUAUAUGUUGGAGCCAGACCCUGACAAGAGGCCAGAUAUUUAUCAGAUCUCGUACUUCUCAUUUAAGCUCGCCAAGAGAGAGUGCCCCAUUCAGAACGUUCAGAACUCUCCCAUCCCUGCUAAGCUUCCAGAACCAGUGAAAGCCAGUGAGGCAGCUGCUAAAAAAACCCAGCCAAAGGCCAGGCUGACAGACCCUAUUCCUACAACAGAGACGUCAAUUGCACCUCGCCAAAGGCCGAAAGCUGGACAGACCCAACCAAACCCAGGAAUUCUCCCUAUCCAACCAGCCUUGACACCUCGAAAGAGGCCCACUGUCCAGCCCCCAGCUCAACCUACAGUUUCAGGACCAAGUGUUCCAGCUGGCCUCCCCACCAAUGUCCCUCAACCAAAAACCCAGCCUCCUCCGAGUCAGCCACUCCCGCAGGCUCCAGCCAAGCAGCCACAGGCUCCACCCACUCCACAGCAGACCCCUUCCACUCAGGCCCAGGUUCUGCCUGCUCAAGCCCAGGCCACACCCCAGCACCAGCAGCAUCUAUUCCUCAAGCAGCAGCAGCAGCAACAGCAGCAGGCCACGUUUUACCAGCAGCAGCAGCCGCAGCCGCAGCCGCAGCCACAGCAGCUGGCACCAGCCCAGCAGUUCCAGGUGAUGCACCAGGGAGCCCAGCAACCAGCAGUUGCUCAGUUGCCCCAAGGAGCCCCUCAGCAGCAGCUGAUGCAGAACUUCUACCAACAGCAGCAGCAACAGCAGCAGCAGCAGCAGCAGCAGCAGCUGCUGAAGGCUCAGCAGGCUGUGCUGCAACAGAAGACAGCUGUGGCAGCCGGACAGCCGAAGCAACAGGCUCCCUCCCAAGCCCAGCCGCAGGCGCAGCCGGCUGCAGCCCCACAGCCAGCCCCUGCCCAGGAGCCCAUGCAGAAACAAGCACCCAUAAGACAACAAGCAAAAGCUCAGACCACCCCGCCCCCUGCCAUCCAGGGGCAGAAGCUUGGAUCUCUCACACCUCCAUCAUCCCCCAAAGCCCAGCGGGCCGGGCACCGGAGAAUCCUCAGUGAUGUAACCCACAGCGCCGUUUUUGGAGUUCCUGCCAGCCAGUCGACUCAGCUGCUCCAGGCAGCUGCGGCUGAAGCAAGCCUCAAUAAGUCCAAGUCCGCAUCCACCACUCCAUCGGGUUCUCCCCGGACCUCUCAGCAAAACGUUUACAACCCUUCGGAAGGCUCCACUUGGAAUCCCUUUGAUGAUGACAAUUUCUCCAAACUCACAGCAGAGGAGCUACUGAACAAGGACUUUGCAAAACUUGGUGAUGGCAAACCUGAAAAACUUGGUGGUUCAGCAGAGAGUUUGAUCCCAGGCUUUCACCCAGGGCCAGUCACUACUCAAGCAGAUGCUUUUGGCUCCUCCUCCUUUUCUACUGGAACUGCUGAAAAAACGAAAGAUGUGCUUGGUCUGGAUGCUAGCCCUCCUCUUCUGAACGUGUCUGAUCCUUUCAUCCCUCUCCCAGUACCUGAUGCUCCAGAAAAGCUUAUCGAGGGGCUCAAAUCUCCCAGUACUUCACUUCUCCUUCCUGACCUCUUACCUCUGGCAGAUCCCUUUGGUAGCACUUCAGAUGCUGUGAAUGGAAAAGUUGAUGUUGCUGUUGAAAGUCUCAUACCAGGACUGGAACCCCCAAUGCCCCAGCGCCUCCCAUCUCAGACUGACUCUGUCACAUCCAACCGAACAGAUUCUCUCCCUGGGGAAGAUUCCCUGCUUGAUUCCUCUCUGCUUUCUAACCCCGCUACUGACCUUCUAGAUGAGUUCACUCCCAUGGCAAUUUCUGCUCCAGCUCAUAAAGAAGAUAGUAAUCUCAUCUCAGGUUUUGAUGUUCCUGAGGGCCCCGAAAAGGUUGCAGAAGAUGAGUUUGACCCCAUUCCUGUGUUGAUAUCCAAAAACUCACAAGGUCUCCAGAGAGAGCCAAACUCGUGUCCUUCAAUAAGUGUUGAACGCUUUCAAGAGCCUUCUCACCAAGGUCUUCCACUGGAACAAGACUCAAACAGGGGGCCAGGGGCCAAAUCUCAGAAUAAUUUAGAAUCUGACUAUUUGGCAAGAGGUAGGCCUUCCAGCAACAGCUCCUUUCAUAGCAGUGAAGAAGAAGGGACCGAUCUCGAGGGAGACAUGCUGGAUUGCAGCGGCUCUCGUCCUCUCCUUAUGGACUCUGAAGAAGAGGACGAAUCCUGUAAGGCUCCACAGGCAGGGUCGGUAGAAAAAGUUAAUAUCACUCAACCAGAAGUUUGUAAAGAAGAGACUAAGAUAGCCCUUGGUGGAAAAGAGAACCAGUUCCAAGCCUUCGCACAACUUACUGGAGAGGUUUCUGGUGAGCCAGAUGUUUUUGCCACAGCCCCUUUCAGGAGUGCAAGGCCCCAAUAUGAUGGCAUGGAUAUUUUCACCAAAGCUCCAUUUAUCACUAAGGGCCACGUGGCUCCUCAGGUGUCUGAGGAUGCAGAUGUAUUCCUGAGAGCUCCUUUCACCAAGAAGAAGGGCAUGGAAGAGCUUGUGGUUACUCAGGGUGCCACUAUGGAUUUACCCACACAGGCUGCUCUCCACAGUCAGAUGGGGGAUGGCCCAUCAGUUAUUAGCCCUCUGCUCUCAAACCUUGAUAGGGGGGUGCACCCUGCAGCACUCUCUCCCCUAGCUCAGUAUCCCAUGGUGGGAUUUCUCCACCAAUCUAAUCUCCCUCCCAAUUCUGUCCAGUCAGCAGAAAGCUUAGACAACAUCACUUCCAAGGGGACCUCUCUGGAUACUGUAGGCCACCCUAAUGACAGAAACAAAAGUCACCCAUCCCAGAAGGAAGCUGCCUCCAGCUCUGUGGCCAGCAAAUCAUUCCGCCCCCAGUCGUUGUCCAAAUAUUCCCGUCACUAUAGCCCUGAGAACGAGCCAAGCCUGGAAGCCCAGCCCAUCGCUGCCUACAAGGUUGUUUCCCAAAGCAACAAGCAGUCGAUCUCUGGAUCCAUUUCCAUCACAUCCUUUUCCUCCCGGACUACAGAACUGCCCACUGUUGAUCCUUUUGCUUUGGCACCCUUUCCUUCCAAAUCAAGCAAACAGAAACCUUAAGAGCAUCUUCCAUUCCUGAAGCCCCUUACCCAAACAUACAUGCUCCUCUAGCCAUCCCCUUUCACACUACUCUCAGCUGCUCCUACUGACUUUCUGACCCUCCACUAUCACAGCAGUAUUUCUCUUCCAGUACCCAAACCCAACUGCAGGAAUGGGGUGGGAGGGGAGAGAACAGGGGUAUUGAGUUCAAACAUUUUUAAGUUAUGCUUAACUUUUCUUUUGUUUCUAUUGACUGCUGGGCUCUUUGGAGUGUUUGCCUUUAUGGUGGCUUUCCACAUGGGCCCUACAUUAUUAUUAAGAAGCUUUUCACUUCACCCCUCUUACCCCCAAUCUUGAAGAGGCCAGGUUAUAUAAGACCUAAUUCCUGUUCAUUGUCAGGUCUAGUGAGGAUUCUGGAAUAAGUCCCUCAGGACUGAUUUAAUGCUCUAGAAGGGUUUUUGUUUUUUUGUUUUUGUUUUUUAAGAGGUAGUUUCUGGGGGAAAGACAAUACCAGAUAGCUCUUUCCUCCUAAGAGGAAAUCUCAUCUUGCAGCUACUGAUUAUUCUCAUAAAACCAGCAAACUCCAGAUGGAACACUCAAUAAUGAGUUACUGUGUGCACGCUGGGCUGCGUGCACACUGUAACUGAGUGUAGAUGUGUGGAUGUGGGAUGUGCUUCCUAUCCGUAUAGAUACAGAAAUGCAUGCUUGUGUGAUGUCUCGGUGCACAUUUGUAGCAAUAUCAAUGAAGUCUCCAUAUCAUGUUUUACAAACUGAUUUAAAUACUCAGAUCUAUAUUUUCUGAGGCAACCCAGCAUUUGAAGCAUGUGAUCUUCUUGCAAUACAGGAAACAUUUUCCAUCAGGUAAUGCUCUCCUCACACCCCCCCAGAUAGCCCUUCAUUAGCACUUCCCUGCAGACCUAAUUCCAUUUUGAGAUCCAGCUCUCAUUUAAUUACCUUUUUUUGACAAUAGGAUCGAAGCCAGGGGAAGGGAGAGAUGAUAAAGCCUUGGUGGAAGGGAUAAAUUUCUUUCCAUAUUAUUAUUUUCCAUUGAUAAAAACCAUUCAUCUGGUCAUGUAAUAUUCCAUUUAUAUAUGCAUUUUCCACCAUGGUUCUGUAGGAAAGGAUAUUUUAUUAGGGUCCUGGUCAGAGUAUGAAAUCUUAAAAGAAAAAGUAGAAAUCUUACAAGAAAAAUCAAAAGCAUUAGGCUUGAAUAUAGGAUCAAUAGGGCAGCCAUAUUACUGAGCUGAGAAAGAGUUUAGCUUCAGGAUCCUGGCCCAGCUUCUGUGCUGUCUCAUUAAAUGAAGGAUGCAUCAGAAGCACCAAAUACAUUUGUCAGGUCAAAGAAGGGACUCAGAAAUCUUCCAAUUCUUUUCUUUCUUUUUGGGAUGCAUUAGUUAGAGAAAGAAGCCUCCAGUAAAUGACUAAUGUCUUCUGAAUCCGUACUUUGUCUUGUAUUCUUCAUUAUUAGUGCCUUAAAAUAAUAACUAGGUCUCUGGAGGAAGAUCUCAGCUGAAAAGUUCAGCUACAUGUAAAAGCACACUUCAUGGACAGGGUUUAAUGUGAACCUUUUAUGUGACACCUAGUGAGAUUUGGAAAAUUAUCCAUCAGAUAGGAAACUUACUAAGCCAGGUUCCUACUUUGAACAUUCUUGGAAAUUAACCCAAGGCUGGAGCUUAGGCUACUUUCCUCGGUGUAAAUGGUUAAGCAGGUAUAGUAUCACUGUUGUCAGUUUUAUGGUAACAAUACCUGUCCUUCAAAGCUGUUUCUAGUUGGGACUUUAACUGUAUCCUAUCUAGUUCAGUGGUAAAUUGAAUCAUGUUCUGUACAUAAUUAGGGCUACUAGCAAGAGCACAACUGUGCUAGGAAUGGGAGUAGAUAGAUAGAUGCCUCCCCCAGCUAAAAGUGAUGAUAACCAGGCACGUCUCUGAUUAUGAAGCAGUCCAUGGCACAAGGUCACUCUGCUCAACUGUUGAAUAAUCCAGGUAUACUAAAUCUUUGCACAUGGAGCCUUUCUUCUCAUGGUCGCUGUUGAAUAGCCCUCAAAGGCAUGAGAAGAGAGAUCAAAUAUACAGUGAUACUGUCCAGGAUGUGUAUCUCCUGCCCUCGUGGACCACAUGGACACAUAUAUGUAUGUAUGUGUGUGUGUAUGUAUACAUACAUACACACACACACACAUACACAGAAUCAAGGACUCUUUAAACUAACAGGAAUUUUCAAAGUCCAUCUAUUGGUCCAACCUCCCACAAAAUGGUCCCCUGCCAGAUGGUCAUCUGCCCAACUUUUUUAUUUUAUUUUUAAAAGAGCAUGGCAAUACAUCUCAAUGUCUGUGGUACCAGUUGCUGCCAAGCAGUAUAGCUGGAGAGCACCUGACUUUGAAAAAGACAAAUUAACAAUUUACUUAAUUAUUUUAAAUGAAAGUAUGUGAGUAGAUAUGACUUAAACACAGAAGAAAAUCAUGAUAGGUAGAUUACCCAGGUAUAAAACUCAUUAAAUAGAGGUGCAACUGGGCUGGUCAUCUAUUAUAAAUAUACUUCAGUAUAAUGUGACAGGCCUGAACACCUAUAAAUUACUAUGUGGAACCAAUGAUCGUAUGUUUUUGUCUAAUAUAGAAAAGAAUUUAAAUGCAUGCAAAUUUA